UGGCGCUCGGACGCUGGGCGCCCGCUUUGUGCUCGGCCGGGCUGCGGCGAAGCUUCCCCCCGGCUGCGACUACCGCGCCCGGCGGCUUCGGCGCGUCGGCGGCUGGAGUGCGGGAGGCGCUCGCUGCUCGCGCGGCUGAGCCCCGCGCACCCCACUGCUCUCCGGGCCGCUCGGAGCCGCUGUGCUCCGGGGCGACAAACUCGGGCUGCCGGGGCAAGUGUCUUCAUGAACCCAGAGGAUGUCCGGGAAGCACUACAAGGGUCCUGAAGUCAGUUGUUGCAUCAAAUACUUCAUUUUCGGCUUCAAUGUCAUAUUUUGGUUUUUGGGAAUAGCAUUUCUUGGAAUUGGAUUGUGGGCAUGGAAUGAAAAAGGCGUCCUCUCCAACAUCUCUUCCAUCACUGACCUUGGUGGCUUUGACCCAGUCUGGCUCUUCCUCGUGGUGGGAGGAGUGAUGUUCAUUCUGGGGUUUGCUGGGUGCAUUGGAGCGCUGCGGGAAAACACUUUCCUUCUCAAGUUUUUUUCUGUGUUCCUGGGAAUUAUUUUCUUCCUGGAGCUCACUGCUGGGGUGUUGGCGUUUGUUUUCAAAGACUGGAUCAAAGACCAGCUGUAUUUCUUUAUUAACAACAACAUCAGAGCAUACCGGGAUGACAUUGAUUUGCAGAACCUCAUAGACUUCACCCAGGAAUAUUGGCAGUGCUGUGGGGCUUUUGGAGCUGAUGAUUGGAACCUAAAUAUUUACUUCAAUUGCACAGAUUCCAAUGCAAGCCGAGAGCGAUGCGGCGUACCAUUCUCCUGCUGCACUAAAGACCCCGCAGAAGAUGUCAUCAACACUCAGUGUGGCUAUGAUGCCAGGCAAAAACCAGAAGUUGACCAGCAGAUCGUAAUCUACACGAAAGGCUGUGUGCCCCAGUUUGAGAAGUGGCUCCAGGACAAUUUAACCAUCGUGGCCGGUAUUUUCAUAGGCAUUGCAUUGCUUCAGAUAUUUGGAAUAUGCCUGGCACAGAAUUUGGUGAGUGAUAUUGAAGCUGUCAGGGCUAGCUGGUAGACCCCUGUGACCAGAGCUGCAAGACACUGGACUGACCCCCUUGCUGGCCCUCCCUGUGCCAGAUGUCCAUCUGUAGGGACCUAAUCACAGAGGCCUCCUGAAGUCCCACCUAAUGGAGCGCCAAGAACUUGCUCUCUGUGGGGUUAAAACUGGGAAAUGCUGCUCACUGACAGAACUUUUUUUAAAAAAAAGAAAAAAACAGUGUGAAAAUCGCUGUGCCGUGAAUCUCUACUGUAGCCAUGAAUUGAUGGACUGAUGGGUACUCUACAGGAAGGCACAAGGGGGAGGGUGGGUACUGCAUGCCCUUGUUUGUGGAGAAUACAGUGCUGAACACCACAGAACACCGACAGCUGGGAGACGCAGUGCUAUUCCUGUCAUUCCUGGGAGGGGUAACCUUGUGUUCUCUGUUGUGCAUCUUGGCUAAAACUUAGCCCCUCACCCCCAGGGCUGGGUGUUUUGAAAUCUCUCCAUUCACAUUUCAAGAAACUGUUGCAAAUAUCCUCUGGCAAAGAAAACAGCUCCCCUGUGGUUCAGAUUUUGAGAGAGGAUGGUCAGGUCAUGCAGGCGGCACAUGUACUGUCCUGGAGGUCUCUUCAGGAGGGAAGUGUAGCCUAAGUGCACCCAGCUAGGAUGGAGGAGACUUCUUGAUGUCCUAUUUUAGUGGGACUGAUCUUUUUCUAAGUAGCCCAGCCUGAGCUUUAUCAGUGAAAUCCAAGGAGAAAAUGAGAUCAAUGAGAGGCAUUAAUUAAGUACUCCCUCACCCCACCGUAACAAAUUAGUGAUUGAAUUCUUUGGAAAUUCUGAAAUAUUCUUCAUGGUGUUGGGUUUUGUUUUUGUUUUCUGGUUUUUUGUUUUGUUUUGUUUUGGUUUUUUUGUCUCCCCCAAACCAACAGCUAUGAUACAAUCCCUCUUAAAUUUUAAAAUGUUUUCUUAGCUUGAAUAUUAAUUUUUUAUAUGAUCUUAGCCUGCAUGACCUGAGACUCUGAAACCACCACAUUCCUUUGCAGUGGACAUUUGAAAGUGCCAAUCAGCCUUUAUUUCAUAGGUUCCUGGGCCUUAGGAGGUUGUGGCAUGGUAUCCCAGCCUGACUGGGAAGGUCUUUGCCAUGCCCUGGAAACGCUCCCAGGGGUUGGGUUCACCCUCUCUCCCAGCAUCCAGUUUGGUUUCUGCACCCUCCCCCAUCCUCCUCACUGAAUGGAAUAAAAACCAAUUCCGAAGCAGAGUCAACGCCAUCAAAAAGCAUUUAAUGAGAUGUUUUUGUUUGUUUCAUUCCUGCAGUUUUGGUUUUCAUAUACAUAUAUAUAUAUGUAUAUGUAUAUAUAUGUAAAACAAAGCCUAGUAUAGUGCAUGGCCAGCUCUCUGUCCUUGCUGAGGCAGCCUCAGGGUGGUGACAAAGCACAAGUGCUCUGGAGGGGCAUGUACCAGGCUCAGCCAGGGCUGUGAUGCAUGAUAGAAAGUCGUCUCUGGGCUCCUGCUCCAGUGCCCAGUGGGAGGGGUGGGUUUUGGCCCCAGAUUUUCAUCAAGCUGGUAUUCCCUCGAUGUCGCUCUCUUGGGGAACAGACUUUAGUUUGUGGGACGCUGGGAAAAUAACAAGCCUCGGUGACAACAGUGACACAUUUGCCAGCUAGCAUUCUUGGUGGAAAUUUAGCUCAGUUUUCUAUUUCAGCCCUACACACAUCGCCGUGGCUGAUGGACGCAUCAGUCUGCACAGAGAAAAGGCAGACAUUCCUGUAAAGUCUUGUCUCCGCAGUUUGGGUGUGUGCGUCUCUGCAUGUAUGUGUUUGUGUUGUAUAGGUAGAGAUGUUCCUUCUGUACCUGGAUGUGAGGUUAUGUGACUUCACCCCAUCCACACCACAGCUGUCGUUUGUGACCUCCCAAAUGGACACUCAUGUGCCCAUUGGCACUUCUGUCUUAUUACCUCAUUCUCCUCAUUCGCCAGUGAACUGCAUCUGGCCAGUUGAUUCAGAAUCAGGCAAGAUCCCUACCCUGUGGCACAUCCAGUGAAAGGCCAAACAGCAAGCCCAAGUGAGUUCUCAAUUUUAAUCACCAUUUAUUUUUUACACUUGAGAGUGAUUGUAAUAAAGGCUGUCAUUAAUAAACUUGGUUCUACCUUA